AUGGCCGGUUCUUCUGGCGGCUCCGGCGGGGCUGGUGCCCCGCCCGCCAAGCUCGAGCAGCUGCCAGCCUUCAAAGAGGUUCGCGAUGCCUCUGAGCGGCGGGCGCUCUUCCUCAAGAAGCUUCAGUUGUGCUCGUGGCCGAUGGACUUCACGAACGGGCAGAUCGACGCGCGCGAUAAGGAGAUAAAGCGACAGACCCUCCUGGAGCUCAUGGAUUAUAUCAACUCGACCAAGGGCGCCUUCUCCGAGCGCACCUACCCCGACGUCGUUCACAUGAUUGCAGCAAACCUCUUCCGCG